UCAGCAAAGCAGCCAUACCGAGAUACAAAGCCUGGUACAAAACAUACACACACACACACACACACACACACACACACAUCCAUCCAUCCUGUAUGUGAUUCCUGCAGUUUGCAAAGGCUCUAUGUUUGCUGAGAGGCUGUGAAAGAUGGACGGCACGAGGGUCUUUUUAGCCAAUUCCAACCAGCACAUUAACAUCGGAAAAGAAAAGCACAGCAGGAAUGGAUUUGUUUAUGUUAAGAACCCCCAUUUGGAUUUAAUGGAGGAAGACAUCCUUUACCACUUGGCUUUAGGAACCAAAACGCACAACCUGCCAGCCAUGUUUGGAGACAUAAAGUUUGUCUGCGUGGGAGGAAGCCCCAACAGAAUGAAGGCUUUUGCUCAGUUCAUGCAGAAAGAACUUGGACACGAAGGAGAGGACAAUGACUUGGAAAACAUUUGUGCUGGGACUGACCGUUACUCCAUGUAUAAGGUGGGCCCAGUGCUCUCCAUCAGCCAUGGGAUGGGUAUUCCCUCCAUUUCUAUCAUGCUUCAUGAACUAAUCAAAUUGCUACACCAUGCAAAAUGCUGUGAUGUUACCAUUAUCCGCAUCGGUACCUCGGGAGGAUUAGGAGUUGAGCCUGGCUCUGUGGUAAUAACAGACGUGGCAGUGGAUUCCUUUUUCAAGCCCCAGUUUGAGCAAGUGAUCCUAGACCGUGUGGUGACACGAAGCACAGAGCUUGACCAAGACUUGGCUUCUGAGUUACUCAAAUGCAGCAGAAACGAUUUCCCAACACUAAUGGGCCAUACAAUGUGCACGUAUGAUUUUUAUGAGGGCCAAGGACGGUUAGAUGGAGCCUUGUGCUGCUUCUCUAAUGAAAAAAAGCUAGAGUAUUUAAAAAGAGCAUACAAUGCCGGCGUGAGAAACAUAGAAAUGGAAUCCACAGUAUUUGCUGCGAUGUGCAGGCUUUGUGGCCUGAAAGCUGCAGUAAUCUGUGUGACUCUCCUUAAUCGUCUUGAAGGAGAUCAGAUCAAAGCCUCCCAUGAAGUUCUAGCUGAGUAUCAGCGACGACCUCAGCAACUGAUUGCAACAUUGAUCAAAAAACGCCUUGGGCUGAUUAAUGACAAGGAAUUAUUAGAUAAUGCAAUAGUCUAAAGUAUUACAGAAUGUGUGAGCCUGGAACAGCAUAAUAUUCAUGGAUGUGAAUUACGAAAGUUAGGUACAUUAAUCCUGUUGGGUUUUUGUAUGAAGCACAAGGACAGAAAAAGAGUGAAUUGAAAAACAAUCCCACUGAUAUUUUGAAUUUAAUAGAGGAAAAACUAAUUUUAAUUCCGAAUACAUCAUUUUACCUACAAGAAUAUACUGGAUUAUGCUUGUUGCCUUCAGAAGAAUUGUCUGCAUUAUUAACUACCUAGAAUUAAUAUUAGUUAAGUACCAGCUAAAGGCAAAGAAAGGAAUGAAGCCACCAAGUGUUUAAAAGGUGUGAUUUAAAGCCCAACAUGUUUCAACUUAGCUACCCUAAUAAUGAUUUUAGUUUGAAAUUAUUAUAGACUGUUAGCUAAUGGUAUGAGAUCAUUUAGUGGUCAUCACACAAGUCCUAUUCAUUCUACAAAGAUGUUAACUGAAUGUUAACUUCAUGAUACCAUGUCAUUUACUGGACAAUAUAAAUAAUGAUCAGUGAAAAAUGCCAGACUUAAUCCUAGCUAAAUCAAUAUGUUAACCCAAGAAUCCCCCUGAAUUGGGUGGGACUUAAUUGUCAUGAGCACUAUAUCUGCAGGAGGGAGUCAAGCUACUUCUUACUGUAUAUCUCAGGUGACAAUUGCCACUUGAUUCAAAAAUAGAUCUGCCAUUCCCAUGUAUUAUGGCUCAGCAUAGCUGCAAAAUGAGAUUAGAAUGUGAUUUCCUAACACAGUAGGUAACAUUUUAUUUUAGACACCUGCCAAGCAUUGAUCAAACAGCCUUAAAAUAUUUAAGCAGAAGAUGUCAAUGUAUGGCAAGCUCAAAGCAGCACAGAAAAUGUUCCUGAUACGUGAUGCUAUGAUCCAAGUUGAAGAAGGAGCAUCCUGGUGCUGAUUUCAGUAACUAUCAGGUAACGAGCUCUGUCAUGACAAACUGAGAGACAGAAGCAGCAAAUCCUGUAUAUUAGAGAUGCAGAAAUGUGAUCAGAUGCUGCUACUGACAAAUUCUGACUGUAGAUUUGUCUGCUACUCAAAACCCAAGAAAGGAGAAUCAUAAUCGUUUCUAAAUGAAAUAAAGUAUAUAGUACUUAAAGAAAAGCUGUAUUAAGUUGGAUCGGAGAACUGUCUCAUCUUAAUAAUUUUACAAUACAUUUAUAUAAUUCAUUGUUUCAUAUAUCACAAUAAGUCUACUGAAAAUUUCUGUAAAAAAAUCAGCUAGUUCAUGUGGUAAAAUAACAGAUAAAAGAAACUGGGGGGAAACUGUUUUAAGAAAGUAUUGUACUAAUGAUCAUGUGUAUAAUAAAUAUU